CUCUAUGAACACAACCUUAUUUUUUGUCUGCUGAUUUUAUUGUUUUGACGUUGACUAUAUUUUGUUCGAAGUGGAACGAAUCAGGCUUAAGCCUGUUUAAGCCAUUAGAAAUGAAGCUUUAAGCAGCUUAUUUAAUUCUUUGUUACCCCAACUGAGAGCCCAACCAAUCAUGGUGGAUCUCAAGAAAGACCUGGAUGAGUAUCUCCUUCUGCAAAGCGACCAGAAGAAGAGCUUUAAAAUAACAAUGCCAACUGUACCCUUAACAAAGCCGAAUAUUUCUGGAUGGUUUAAGAGAGGGCAACCCCAGGACGACGAGUCGUGGUUUCAAGAGAAAAAGAAAGAAUGUUGCCCAAGUUUAACAAGAUUCCAAAGAAUUGUACUCUUUGCCAUAUGUAUAGGAAUGGGGAUACUGUGCUUUUCCCUAUCCUUGAUGUACCUGCCUGUAUUACUGUUUAAAGCCAGAAAAUUCGCUCUCCUGUUCACUUUAGGAAGCUUAUUUUUUGUAUCUAGCUUUUUCUUCCUAUGGGGUCCCAUUGCAUAUCUAAAACACAUGUUCACUCGAGAACGAAUAGUGUUAACUUUAACUUAUGGAGGUACUUUGAUUGCGACAUUAUACUGCGCGUUGCAUUUGCAAAGUACGCCAUUUACUGUGCUUUUCGCAGUUGGACAAAUAAUAUCUUUAUUAUGGACAGUGAUAUCUAACAUUCCUGGAGGAACCACCGGAUUAUCUUUCUUCUCAAAGAUGUUUACCAGAUCUGUGGGAGGUGGAAGCGCAUUACCGAUUUAGCUGAUGAAAGAAUAAACGUGAUUUCAUUUAUUUAUAAAAUGUACAUUGUUCAGAAUUGGAUUUACGGAGAAUAAGCCGCGAGUGGUUCCAAAUGAAAGAUAUCUGUUGAAAAAUUGAUCAUCAUUUGCUCAAUUAGGUCUGCAUGUUUCAAUAACACAAUUAGUAAGCUUUAGAAAGCAUGCAUAUGAUAUCCACCUAUCAUUACUAGGAACUCGGUUUUAUAUUUUUUUAUUGUUAUGUGAUUAGUAAGUGAGCAAAAAGUUGAGUGAGAUAAUAAAUCUAUUGAUAAUUG